CACACACACACACACACACACGCACACACACUUUUCCUGCGGUGUUGUGGUUGUUUCCGAACACUCCCAGCUGAGCAUCAGCCUCCAGCUAUUCAUUACACAAAACACAAACCUGAAGCCGAGACCUCUCGUCAAGGUCAAAGGUCAGGCGCUCGUUAGGCAAGGGGGUGCUCGUUAGAGGAAGUGGCGUCUCUCACCUUCCCCGCCAGCUUUAGUUACAGCAACGCUCCCCCGGCAAAGUGCUGUUUGACCUGGUCUGUGUGCAUCUCAACCUGGCAGAGGGAGACUACUUUGGACUGGAGUACCAGGACCAGCGCAAGAUGACGGUGUGGCUGGACCUGCUGAAGCCGACGCUGAAACAGAUCCGACGGCCUAAGAACACCAUCCUUCGCUUCGUGGUGAAGUUCUUCCCUCCGGACCACACGCAGCUGCUGGAGGAGCUGACUCGGUAUCUGUUCGCCCUGCAGAUAAAACGUGACCUGGCCUGCGGUCGCCUCAUCUGCAACGACACCAGCGCCGCUCUCAUGGUGUCCCACAUCAUUCAGUCCGAGAUCGGAGAUUUUGACGAGACUCAGAGCUGGCAGCAUCUCCUCCACAAUAAGUACCUGCCGGACCAGGACGCCAUCAGAGACAAGAUCACCGACUGCCACCGCAAGCAUGUCGGGCAGACUCCGGCAGAGUCCGACUACCAGCUGCUGGAAAUCGCCCGGCGGUUGGAGAUGUACGGCGUCCGUCUGCACCCGGCCAAGGACCGAGAGGGCACCAAGCUCAGCCUGGCUGUGGCGCACAUCGGCGUGCUGGUGUUUCAGGGGUACACAAAGAUCAACGCCUUCAACUGGUCCAAGGUUCGCAAGCUCAGCUUCAAACGGAAAAGGUUCCUGAUCAAGCUGCGAGCCGACCCCGCACAGAGUGCCCACCACGACACGCUGGAGUUCGCCAUGGCCAGCAGGGAUUGCUGUAAGGUCUUCUGGAAGAUCUGCGUCGAGUACCACGCCUUCUUCAGGCUCUUCGAGGAGCCCAAGCCCAAACCCAAACCCAUCCUCUUCACCAGAGGGUCCUCAUUCCGGUUCAGCGGUCGAACCCAGAAGCAGAUCAUCGACUACGUGAAAGACUCGGAGCUCAAGAAGCUCCCAUUUGAAAGGAAGCACAGUAAGAUCCUGUCCCACAGCGGCAUGCCGCCUCAGUCUUCGUCCUUCAGAUCACAAGUGCCAAAAGAGAGCGCCAUGUCUGUGCAGCCAGCAGACCAGCCGGACUCGACCAGGCUGGGCCAUCGAGCUGAAUCCAACGGCUCAGAGGAGCCGCCGGCAUCCACGUCGACCGCCAACGGCUUCCACGAUGCGGCGCCCGGCUCGGACCCGAUUCCGUCCCGACAGAACCACCACCGCACCGGAUCGGCGCCGGACCCGCACUUCCUCAACCCAGAAAGCCCCGGUUCGGAGGACUCUCCGGCUGGAAGUCCCCGCGUGGUCAUCAACGGCGCCGGCGACCCGGGUCCGAGUCCCGAGGGUCGGCAUCUACCGCCUCUCACCAGCCCGCUGCUCACCGACGCCGGAUGCGUCCGCAACGAUGACGAAGAAGAGGCGAGGAGGAAGAAGUUUCCCACAGACAAGGCGUACUUCAUCGCCAAGGAGCUGCUGACCACAGAGCGGACCUACCUCAACGACCUGCAGGUCAUCACACAGGCCUUCCACGGCGCCGCGGGGAAGGACGAGGCCUUCCCGGACUCCGUGAAGAACCUGAUCUCCGCCAGCUACGACCCGGUCCACAGGUUCCACCAGGACUUCCUCAAAGAGGUGGAGCAGCGGCUGGCUCAGUGGGAGGGGCGCUCUAAUGCCCACAUUAAGGGAGACUAUCAACGCAUCGGGGACAUCCUCCUGAAGAACAUUCAGGGUCUGAGGCAGCUGACGGUUCAUCUCCAGAAGCAUUCCGAGUGCCUGGUCGAGCUGGAACGGGUCUGCAGGUCCAGUCGGAAGGCCGAGGCCGUGUGCCGAGACUUCGAGCAGCAGAGGGUUUGCUACCUGCCGCUCAACAUCUUCCUCCUGCGUCCUCUCCACCGCCUGCUGCACUACAAGCUCAUCCUGGAGAGGCUCUGCAAGCACUACCCGCCCACCCACGAGGACUUCAGGGACUGCAGAGCGACCCUGGCGGACAUCUCCGAGAUGGUGCUGCAGCUGCAAGGCACCAUGAUGAAGAUGGAGAACUUCCAGAAGCUUCUCGAGCUGAAGAAAGAUCUGACCGGCAUCGACAACCUGGCCAUCCCCGGGAGGGAGUUCAUCCGGCUCGGUUGCCUCAGCAAGCUCUCAGGGAAGGGCCUUCAGCAGAGGAUGUUCUUCCUGUUCAGCGACUCGCUGGUGUACACCAGUCGAGGAAUGACCCCGUCCAACCAGUUCAAAGUUCACGGCCAGCUGCCCUUGUACGGCAUGACGAUCAGAGAAAGUGAGGAGGAGUGGGGGGUCCCUCACUCCUUCACCUUGUUUGGACCACGCCAGUCUGUGGUGGUGGCAGCCAGCUGUGCGUCAGAGAUGGAGCGCUGGGUGGAGGACAUCAGGAUGGCCAUCGACCUGGCGGAGCAGAGCAGCAGCCCGGACGCCGACCUGCUGCCCACCGGCUUGUCUGACCACAAGCUGUCGGAGGACGGUGGAGCCGAGCUGGAGUCGGAGGAGGAGCUCUGUGGCUCGCGCUCGUCUCUGGAGCGCCAGGGUCACCGCGGCAACACCACCGUGCACGUCUGCUGGCACCGCAACACCAGCGUGUCCAUGGUGGACUUCAGUGUCGCCGUGGAGAACCAGCUGUCGGGCAACCUGCUGAGGAAGUUUAAGAACAGUAACGGCUGGCAGAAGCUCUGGGUGGUCUUCACCAACUUCAGCCUGUUCUUCUACAAGUCCCACCAGGACGACUACCCUCUGGCCAGCCUCCCCCUGCUGGGCUACUCCGUCACCGUGCCGGCCGAGUCCGAGAACAUCCACAAGGACUACGUCUUCAAGCUCCACUUCAAAUCCCACGUCUACUACUUCCGCUCGGAGAGCGAGUACGCCUUCGAAAGGUGGAUGGAGGUGAUCCGCAGCGCCACCUGCUCGGCCAGCCGCCCCGCGCCGAGCACCAGGAAGGAGCUUUACUGAGGACCUCGGACUGCACACACACACUCACACACACACACACACACACACAGGGUCGCUUCUCAUGCCUCUGGAGAGCUGCCCCCCCCCCUCACACACACCUUCCCCUCUUACUCCACCUUCUGCACUGCGAGUGUCUGCGUCCGGUCUUCCUUUUUUAAAAUCUGGUUGUGUUCGUGCCAUCGAGUGGAGAUUUAAUAUUCACACAAUAAAUAAAAGAAGGAUUCUAUCUUCAUGAUGAACCUGACUGUCACGGGACUCUCCGGAGGUAUUCGGGACACUGGAGCACGAGUUAGUGCACAGUGUUGUUUUAUUGCAUCGUAUAUAUUUGUAAAACGUGUAUUAAUGAGACAUAAACCCAGAUUUUAAACUUCCAAAUAUAAUUCGAUGGAUUCAACGUGACGCCAGUUUGGUCACAAUUAGAAAACAUCCAUCUUUUUGCAAGGCGACUUUAUUUUGUACAGUACUUUGAUACACUGUGAAAUGUUUUCUUGUUGUUGUUGUUGUUUUUCAUGUUCCCAGUGGCUUUUGUUUAAAAAGGGACAAAUGGCUUCCAAACUUGCCAACAGAGAUUUCACUGGUUUGCCAAAUCUUUUCUCUUCUUUCACUCUUCUUAAAUAAAGAUAUGAACAGAU